UGAUAUUUUUUUUUUGAAAGAAUUUUUCUGUAAUUCAAAGCUUGAUCUAUCUGAUGCAGUGUAAUAUUCCGGUCUGGAUUAAAAUCUGUGAAAAUAUAUUGAAGAAGCGAAAAUACACCCAUUGAUUUAAGGAGAUCUUAAAAAGAGGACACAUAGACAGACAGAAGUUUUUUCAGAAAUUCUUCCGACAAGGAAGACUGAAAUUUCACAAUUACGCCGCAUCGACUUUUUUCAUGUCCGUUAUCUAUGUUCACUUGCAUCGUUUCGUUAACGUUCAUGGUCAUUUGUCAUGCUGACAACAUUGAUAAAAAUGCGGUCAUUCAGGGUUACUCGAAUGAAGCCUCAGAUCCCGAAGGUAAUUACCAGUUCGGUUACGAAACCAGCAAUGGUAUACAAUUUCAGGAAGCCGGUAAUCCGGCUGGUGUUCGAGGAUCUUUAAACUACGUAUCACCUGACGGCGAGCAUAUAGCCUUAGCCUAUACGGCCGACGAAGAAGGUUACCAUCCAGUUGGCGAUCAUUUACCUACGCCGCCGCCUGUUCCCGCUUAUGUAUUGCGUGCUUUGGAAUAUAUACGCUCGCAUCCACCACCACAACUGAAAGACGCCACACAGCAGCAAAAGUAAAUAUACAUCCAACUAAUGUUUGUACUCUGCACCUAUAAUU